GGCGUGCUUAUCCACGUGAUAAUUUAACAAAUGUGACUCCUUCAAUUCUAUCAAAAACUACGCGUCAAUUAUAUCUUCAACAAUAUCAUCCUAUAUUAAUUCUUCGUAAUUGUAUAGAAUCUUAUUUUGAUAAAUUUCAUCAUUUUAAUUCAUUUAGUCCUAUUGUAACUACUGUUCAGAAUUUUGAUGAACUUGGUUUUCCUGCCAAUCAUCCAGGAAGAAGUACUACUGAUAGUUAUUACAUUAACAAUUCAAUAAUGCUUCGAACUCAUACUUCUGCACACCAACGUCAAGCUUUCCAAACUGGCGCUGAAAAAUUUUUAAUAAGCGCUGAUGUUUAUCGAAGAGACGAAAUAGAUACAUGUCAUUAUCCAGUUUUUCAUCAAAUGGAAGGUGCUCAAAUUUUUUCUAUUAAUAAAGCUAUUGAAGAAAUAGCUUGUGAUAUGCAAAUUUCUACUUCUCAACAAUAUCGUCAUAUAAAUACUGAUGAUAAUACUGUGAUUAGUACUACAAAUCCUAUACAACCUUGUCAUCCUAUUGAGGUUGCUAACGCAACAAUUUCACAUCUGAAAUAUUCGUUAAAUGAGUUGGUUAAAAUGUUAUUUAUAGACGAAAAGAAUUUGCAAGUAAGGUGGGUCGACGCAUAUUUUCCUUUCACUAGCCCUAGUUGGGAAAUGGAAAUAUUUUAUCAAGGAAAGUGGCUUGAAGUGUGUGGGUGCGGUGUAAUAAAACAAGAUAUUUUGAAUAAUGCUGGGCAACCUGAUAAAAUAGGUUGGGCUUUUGGAUUGGGUUUAGAACGUAUAGCAAUGGUGUUGUUUAAUAUACCGGAUAUACGUCUCUUUUGGUCAAAGGACCCACGAUUUAUCAAUCAAUUUACUUCGAAUGAAAUCAUUAAAUUUAAGCCGUUCUCAAAAUAUCCUUCAUGUAUUAAAGAUCUAAGUUUUUGGAUGAAUAAUGACAAAGAACAUGAAUUUCAUAUAACUAAUUUUUGUGAAAUCGUAAGGGAUAUCGCUGAAGAUUUAGUUGAAGAUGUAAAAUUGAUUGAUGAUUUUAUGCACCCUAAAACAAAAAAAAGAAGUUUAUGCUUCAGAAUCAAUUAUAGGUCUAUGGAUAGAACAUGUACCAAUGAAGAAAUCAACGGAAUUCAAGAUAAAAUAAGAGAGUCAGUUGCGGAAAAAUUGGAUGUUACUCUGCGAUAA